UUCGGAUUCAUUUUGCAUUGCUGCUCUUGCUUGGUUGGUUAGCAGGGGAGCUAUGAAUAGCGUCUUCAGCGAGCAGAUACUCGCUGACAAGCUGUCCAAGCUUAACAGCACCCAGCAAUGUAUUGAAACUUUAUCACAUUGGUGUAUAUUUCACCGGAGCAAAGCAGAACUGGUUGUAGAAACAUGGAAUAAACAAUUCUUCAAUUCAGAGACAGCUCAGAGGGUUCCUCUUCUGUAUCUUGCAAAUGACAUCCUGCAGAACAGCAAACGCAAAGGAAAUGAAUUUGUAACUGAGUUUUGGAAGGUUAUUCCUGCAGCACUUAAAGAUGUUCUUGAGAAAGGUGAUGAUCAAGCAAAGCAGGUGGCAUCUAGGGUGCUUGACAUAUGGGAGCAAAGGAGAGUGUUCAGAUCUCAGGCACACAACCUUAAAGCUGUAGUACUUGGAGAAGAUGCACCUCCACCAUUGGAAAUCAACAAAAAGCGAUCCCGUAAUGUGAAAAUUGUGAAAAGGGAUUCUCGCUCCAUUAGAACGAAAUUGUCCAUUGGAGGUACAGCAGAAAAAAUAGUCUCAGCAUUUGAUAUGGUGCUCAAUGAACCACCUGAUGAAGACGCAGAGAUGAGUAAAUGCAAGUCUGCUGUUCAUCGUGUGAGAAAGAUGGAAAAAGAUGUUGACACUGCAUGUGCUGUUGCAAAGGAUCCCAAGCGAGAAACUUUGUCUAAGGAACUAGAGCAGCAAGAAAAUAUUUUGAAACAGUGUGUUGAAAGUCUUAAAUUAAUUGAAGCAAGUAGAGCAGCACUUGUAUCUCAGUUGAAAGAAGCUUUGCAUGAGCAGGAAUCUGAACUGGAGAAUGUUCGAACUCAAAUUCAGGUAGCACAAGCACAGGUAGAAGAGGCUAGCUCCAUGCGAAAGCGACUUGACAAUGAAGAUAUUUUAUAUAAAGCAUCAACUGCAAUGACUUCAGUUACCAAUGCAAAUGUAAAAUUAGAAGCAGCAACUAAGAGGUCAGCUGCUGCGAUUGCUGCUGAGGUUGCCGAUAAGCUAGCAGCUUCUUCAUCCUCUCAAUUGAUCAUGAGUUCUGUACUCUCAUCAUUUGCAGCAGAAGAGGCCAAAAAUGCUGGUCUAGCUUCCGAGUCCACUCCACCUGAGAAAUCAAUACCUACAUCAGAUCGAAAUGUAUUUAUGACCUCACAACAGUUACUCGCCACUCAAACUCAGUCAUAUCCUUCAGUUGUGGUACCACAACCCACCACCCUAAAUCCAGCUACCGCAUCACAAGGUCAAUAUCAGAUGAUACAAAAUCCCCCCUCCCAGCAAUAUUUGCAGUCAACAGUAGGCAUUGUCGCUCCUCCUUAUGCCUAUGGUAGCGUCCCACCAUUGCCACCAGGACCACCCCCACCCCAUAUGAUGGGGUCAAUGGUUCCUAUGUCGCAUCAGACACUGCAAAUAAGUCAGCAACCCCCAGCACCUAUAACUCAGCAUCUUCCCGUACAUAUGCCUCAGCAAGCCCCAGCACCACAUGGUUUCCAACCACUUCAACCACCUGGAAUGGUGUACUAUGGUAAUCAUCAACAUUCUAUGUGAGAAUAGCAAUAGUAAAACUGUAAUCAAAAUUGAUCUCUGAAAUAAAUUUGGAUUCUUAAUUUAUUGAUGGCUGGUGUUGAGCUGGCAAAUAGUUGGGGGGAAAUCUAUGAAAUGGCAUUAUGGCACCCUGGUCCCCGGGAUUAGAAGGGAGUGUAUCUAACUGCAACAUUCUAAAUUUGCUAAACAACUUCAUCCAAGACUGAUAGGAGACGCCCCAUCAUGAACAAAAAAUAUUUAAGAGAUCUCAAUACAAAUUUUGAUGAUGAUGUACUUUACUGUAUAUACUGAUGAGGAGACCAAUCAAUCAUGCCGCGGCCUUUGAUUCAGCCAUAGUAAUCCCUUGAUAAAAUAAUCCCCAGGUAUAGAUUUUUAUUUGAUUUGAUCCCGUUCUCCUGUGUAUUUGUUUAGCUAUGUUAUCAAGUUUUUCAAUUUUGAAAUGAUGUAUUUGACAAACAUGAGCCAACUUUUUGCUAUUCUACCACAAGAGAUUAGAAUUAGAAUUAAAAUUUAUUAAAUUCUGAUGUUAUUUUCUUA